GGUAUCAAUUAUUUCAUGUCUAAAGGUAUACUAGUGGAUCAUCCCACCGAGCUGGCUAAAUUCAUCUUCUACACCAGACGGCUCAACUGGAAGAUGCUGAGGAUUUACCUGGAUGAGAGACGGGAUGUCCUGGACGAGCUAGUGACCCUCCAUAACUUCAGUAACCAGUUCCUCCCCAACGCACUGCGAGAUUUUUUCAGACACAUCCAUGCGCCGGAGGAGAGAGGAGAGUAUCUGGAAACCCUCAUCACCAAGUUCAGCCACAGGUUUUGUACCUGUAACCCUGGCCUUGUCCGAGACCUGGGCCUCAGUCCUGAUGCUGUAUAUGUGCUGUGCUACAGUCUGAUCCUGCUGUCCAUCGACCUGACCAGCCCCCACGUCAAAAACAAAAUGUCCAAGAGGGAGUUUAUCAGGAACACUCGCCGAGCGGCACACAAUGUCUCGGAUGACUUUGUAGGCCACCUCUAUGACAACAUAUACCUGAUUGGUCAUGUGGCUGCAUAGCUCCACCUACCAGCUACCCAGUAGAAAUCCUCAGACUGCACUGAAGACUAGGAAUUGGUGAUUGGGUUCCUAUUCAUGUCUGGACAGUAUGGAACAUUGUAGAAGUGGAUUGUCUUUCAAGAAAUAUAGCAAAAAUCUUACUUGAAAGAUUAGAAAAACAAAUCGGCCACUGCACUGUGAGAUAGACUGUGUUACCAAAUAUUAGUAAUGUUAUUAGUUUUUAUUCAAAGGUGUGAAAAAGACUUAAAGUAGAACCAUAAAGAUGAGCUCUAAUGCACUGAUGGAUGGGUACUACUGAUUGGUGAAGGAACGAGGAAAAGCACUGUCCUCAGCCUGUCACAGAUGCCGGGACAGCCAUUCUGAUUUCCUAUUGGACAGGAGCUGCAUCACGUUCACCAUUAGGACAAACACUGGUCAAUAUUUGUAGGAAGUGACACAACAGGGGACCUUAACACAAGGCUAACCCUCACUAAUAUCACUAGUAGCAUUUACCAGGGUAACAAAUGACAAAGGUACGUUGGGGCUUUUCUCCUCCUCAGUUGACCUUCAUACACUGUCCAGUGACAACAACAAGAAUGUGUCAAGAUUCAACUAGACCUGAUUUUUGUUGCUUAUACUGGGAAGAGCUGAGAUGAAGCGCUUUUGCAAUGAGAGAAAAAUGCUGCACUUAGGUUUUGUUUCUAUGACAGCAUAAUCUUGACAAUUUCGCUAUAAGCUUAAGAAGCACAAUAUAGUUGUGUAAAACUGUGGGCAAAACAGGUGGAAAUAUGGAAAUUCUUAACAUUAAUACUUUUUAUUGCUGUUUUCUGUGUGUGUGUGUGUGUGUGUGUGUGUGUGUGUGUGUGUGUGUAGCAGUUGAGCCCCGUCCUCAGCCUAAUAAACAGAAGAGAGAGACAGAGAAGCUAGUGCAACCAUAAAUGACAGUAAAGCGCUGUAGAGAACUCUAAGCAUAGUUUUCAUUCUUUUCAAUAAUUUCUUCUCUGUCUCUGUUGUUCUUUCUAUCUGACAUAUCAUAAAGCUCAAGAUAGAUACGGUCAGAUCAAGAUUCUCUGCAAUUGUCUUGGUUACUAGUGAUGAGUCCCCCAUCUAAUAUAUGAUUGGUUGCCUGAAAAUAAGCAACAACACCAGCACCUUUCUGAAAAGUUCAGAGAUUUGCAACUAGAACCGCUUGGAAUGGUCGCGGAAAAAAGGCCACUGGCUGCAGCGCCUUUUCUCUUGGUGGCCGCAUGCUGUUGCAUACGCUCUCUCCACAGUGGGAACAACUAGGGAAAAAAAACCUUCAAGGAAUCUGUACAUCUCUGUACCUUUCAAUUGAUCCGGUCAGAAAUCUGCUCUGUGGCCAUAGGGUCACAGCACCCACAGGAACACCACCAGUCUCCCGAGCUUUGCAGCCUUGCAGCAGCUGGUUCACCCUCCUCUGCCUGUUGUUCCUCUCUCAGUCUCCUCCAUUGUGUGUCAUUAUAAUCAGCACUGAUAUGAGGCAGCCUGUUCAGCUCUGUUUGUGGAAAGUUUCAUUCACAAAAAUGUUUCCAAGGAGGAAUUUCAUUCAGCGGAGCUUUAAGUCCUGCUGUCAGACAAAAACAUGACAGCACUGUCAAGGAAACGAAAUGAUACUGAUAAUAAGCUGAACACAUUAAUAAUAUUAAUAUUAAUUUUGCAUUAUUUUUUAUUUUCAUUGUGUAUUUUAUUUUUGGUUAAUUUCAGUCUCCUAUUUAAACUCCAAAUUCAUUCACAUUAUAGCAUUGUAAUUCCAAAGUCAGACCAUCUGUACGUGACUCUGUCAAUACCUAGGAGAACAUUCUGGUCUUGUGAAUGCCACAAAUGUGAAGUUAUUUAACAUACAUGUAAAUCCUUAAAGGUGCAUUAAUUCAAAUUGAUUUCUUUAUAAUAUAUUUGAUGGUCACACAAGUAAAAGCAAAGUGAAAUGCACAUUUAAUAUUUUCAACGUUAUGGGAACCAACUAGCUAAACUUUUUGCAAGCUUUUGUCCAGAUCCUGAUUGAAAUUAAAUGUAUUUAACAGUUUCUUAUACAUGAUGUUAGGGAAAUGUAUAAUGACACUGCUCUGGAGGUGACAGCAGAUAGAGCACAGCAGCUUCUAUGUUAUGCUGCUUUAUGAAGAAAAUUGUGAGUUUUACAGCUCAGCUUUUCAUCAGGGUUUGGUGAUGGACCUGACUAAUUCUGGUGAAGUCAAGUGUAGAGAAGGAUAAUGCUUAGUGGAAACAUUAAGGAUUUUCAUUAAGUGAGUUAUUCUGCAGUUUUGGCUCUUGAAUGGUCAUGGAAGGACAAAACCACUAUCUUGAGUCUGUGGAUGACACUGCAGUAUAUGAAGUGCUUGUGUUUUAAAAGCAAUACUGGUAUGAUUUAUGAUAUUUUUGCAUAUUUUUUCAUUGUUUUAAAAAAUCCCUGGAAAACAGAUAUUACAUAUAAUAUACACUGGUACACAUAUUUGUAUUUAACAUUAUGAUUAUCAGUGUGGCAAAGUAAUUGGUAAAAUAUAUGUGUAAUUUAAAAUGAUGGAUUACAUUUGUCAGUACAAGAAUGUGAAUAAGCUGUUUUAAUGGAUUUUUUAAAAAUAGUGGAAGUCUGUUAUUAUAAUGGAGGGAACACUACAGUUCAGAACAUGUGGCAUCUGACUGGAAAAUACAUGUUACUGAUGGCCAGAGGUGUGGACUCAAGUCACAAGUUUGAUGACUUAACUUUUGACUUUGAACUCGACUUGGACCAAUGACUUGUGACUUCACCUGGCCUUCACACUCAUCAGUGUUGUUCAAUGUUAUUGCACUUGGUAAAGAUCGCAUUAUGACUUGUUUAGGACUGGACUUCAGUGCAGUGACUUCAGACUUGUGACUUGAAAAUCAAUAGUGCCUCUAUAGGCAUACCAGUGGCAGAAGAGUUUAAAAGCCAGUCUGGAGAAUUGGAAAUACAUGAAAUACAAAUACAUUAAAUUAUCCAUCUGUUAAUUUUUAAAAAUAGAUCGAGGCCCAUCAGACCUGAAUGCAGCAUGAUAGUCGCUUUGUGCUAGUAGAGUCUCAGCAGCUAGCAUGAAGCCAUAGCUAACAGUGUAAUGUCACACUGAAUAUAAGGAACUGACAGGAUGACACAGUUUUGAAUUUCUUUUUUUUUUUUAAUAAGGGGGGUUUAUAUCAUAACCUGGAUAGCUGGUUGGAACCAACCAACAUUAUUUAUUUUUUUAUUUUGUUUUGUUUUGUUUUUUUCAUUGGAUUGUAAAUCUGACCAUGGCUGAACUCACAGCAUUCAUUUUAUAAAGAUUAAUUAUUGCUGAUCAAUGAUUUCUUGACAUUAUGAAGGAAAGCCACUUUCUAUAGUGUGUAUGUUUUUUUAAGACUUUAUGACUGAUAAAAUGUACUGAGAAAUUGUUCUAAAUGUUUGAUAUAUUAAAUCUGCGUUUGAUUUUA